AUGGCGAUCAAAGAGGAAGGGCCUUGGGUCAUUGGGGCGAUGUGGUCUUUGACGGCUGUUGCGCUUGUCUUUGUCGUGCUGAGGGCGUAUACGAGAAUCUUUGUCGUCAAGUCUUUCGGUAUCGACGACCAUGUGUACAAUCUAGCCUGGAUAUUCCUUCUCCUCGACACAGUAUUCACAACCGUCGCAGUCGACUACGGCGUCGGCCGAGAUAUGGACGAUGUCAUCCAGAACAACCCCUCCGACCUAGCCCCGGCGCUCAUCUUCGAGGCUGUCAGCCAAAGCUUCGCGAUAGUAGGAAUGAGUUUAGCGAAAUGGUCACUCGGCUUGUUUCUUCUGCGCCUUGUGAAGCAGCAAUGGCACAAGGUGGCUAUCUGGAUAUCCAUGGCGAGUCUGAUGUGCGCCUCUAUCACUGUCUGCUUUGUGUACUGGCUGCAGUGUACGCCGCCGAAUUAUCUUUGGGAUAGGACUAUACCUGGUGGACGAUUGAGUUCUCAUGUGAGCCUGGUGAGGAUGCGGCUAACUGGAGGAGUUCUUUGUGUUGUGGUGGACUUUUUCCUUGCUGGCUUCCCUUGGUUGUUUAUCUGGGGGUUGCAGAUGAAGAUGAAAGAGAAGAUCGUCAUCCUCAGCAGUCUCAGUCUCGGCGUCAUUGCCGGAGCGUUUGGCAUCAAGAGAACUCUCGAAGUACCAAAGCUUAAGAGCCCCAAUCACACCAAGGACCCAGUCGGCCUAAUCGUCUGGUCCGCCGCCGAAAUGACCGUAACAAUGAUCUGCAUCGGCAUCCCCGUCUGCAGACCUCUUUACAAGAAAUAUUUCAGCAAAUGGAGUUCUCGUAACAGCAGCAAGUAUCAGCAGAACUCUGGCGCGUCAUUUCCUUUACAGACCAUUGGUGGAAGUAUAAAGUAUCCAGCUCAGGUUCAAAAGAAGGAUAGCACGUCUGAAUCUUCUGUGCAAGAGUAUGAACGAAGGGGUGUUGGGAGUUCAUAUGGUAAGAAUAAGGUGUUUGCGAAAGGGACGGAGAGGGGGUAUGGUGAGAAUCAGAGUGAGGAGGAGAUUCUGGGGCCUGACUUUCGGAGGAGUCAACGGGAGGACAUUGAAGCGCGUUAUUAUUAA